UCUUUUGGGACUAUAAAGUAUUCUUGAAAUUUGAUAUUAAGGAGGUGAUCUUUUGGGACCAAUGAAAUUAAUAUUCCAAUACGACAAAAUGGAACACAGGGAAGGGUCGACAAAAGGGAACGUAGUAAGGAACGACAAAAGGGAACAUAGGGAAACAUUUAAGACAUUUGGGAAUCAGACAUCUGUGGACAUAACAUUUAGGAAAAAUUAUACAUAAUAAAGAAAUAAAGUAACUGAAAGCAUUUCAGAAACUUCAUCAACAUCACAGAUUCGUAGAGGACCCUCCAGAAAAGAAAAAUCAUUGGGAAAAUUGUGUGCUCCAUUUCUUGAGCGUGUAUCUUUGGAAGCAGCACAGGGGCGAGAUGUACACUUGGAAAGUGUUGCUAGAAGUAUGAACGUUGAGAAGAGAAGAAUCUAUGAUAUUGUAAACGUAAUGGAAGCCUUAGAAGUUAUGCAAAAAACAAACAAAUCAUUUUAUAAAUGGCACGGACUUGAUAGAUUGCCAGAAUUAAUGUUUGCUUUGCAAAGGGAUGCCCAAAAAGGAGAAUUACCAAUAAAAAUAGCAAAAGUAGAGAAGGCAAUGUGUAGUUUCACAACAAAUUUUAAUCUCAAUUUUACUGAAGAAAAGAUAAAAUUGAAAGAGGAGAAGCAUUCAACAGAAGAAUUGCCGGAAGAUGAGGAGGAGGAUUCUGCUUUUGGACCUUUAACAAGUAGAGAUAGAUGUGGAAAGAAUUCUUUGGCUCAGUUAUGUAGAAGAUUUUUGAUGGUGUUGCUUUGUAAUCCAAAUAGAGCUGUUAGUCUAGAUGUUGUUAGCACAAUGUUAAUCAAAGAUUUGGAUUCUGAAGGUUACGAACCUCCUUCACGUUCAAGAUGUCGACGUCUAUACGACAUUGCGAACGUUCUGGCAAUGAUGAGUUUAGUUGAGAAGAAACAUCAUUUGUUUGGAACAAAGAAGAUUCCACUCUUUGUGUAUUGCGGACCUGAACCUGAUGGUUUGUUUUAUUAUUUAAAAUUUUUUGAAAUAAAAAUAUAA